GGCGCCGAGGUUCGCGCUCCGUCGGUUUGCUCCCUCGCUCGCGCUCGGCCUCUGUUUGCGUGAGGAGAAAGGAAGAGGAGGAGGGGGGAACGGAAGGGCCUCUUGACGCGGAUGCCGACACAAGGAGGAAACCGGGCCUAAGCGGAGGAAGAAGCGGCGAAGGAGCCGAAGAAACCAACAGGCGCGCGGGGGAGGGGAGAAUCUCUCCUCUCUCUUUCUCUCCCAGUCGUUCGUUCGCUCCUGCCCUCCCGCCCUCCCGCCGGUGGUUGGUUCCUUCCCGGCUCCUUCGGCGCUGUGAAGGGAAGGUGGAUGGCGGCAACAUCCGGGGCCUCCGGGGUGGCGGUCGCGGCGGCAGCGGCGGCCGUCGUCGUCGGAGGUGGGUCCGUCGCCGCCGCCGCCCCGGCUCUCUACGCCUGCACCAAGUGCAACCAGCGCUACCCGUUCGAGGAGCUCUCCCAGGGACAGCAGCUCUGCAAGGAAUGUCGCAUUGCACAUCCCAUGGUAAAAUGUACUUACUGUCGAUCAGAGUUUCAACAAGAGAGCAAAACCAACACAAUAUGCAAGAAGUGUGCCCAAAAUGUAAAGCAAUUUGGAACGCCGAAACCUUGUCAAUACUGUAACAUCAUUGCAGCGUUUAUUGGCACAAAAUGUCAGCGCUGCACAAACUCUGAGAAGAAAUAUGGACCCCCUCAAACAUGUGAACAAUGCAAGCAACAAUGUGCUUUUGAUCGCAAAGAGGAAGGUAGAAGAAAGGUUGAUGGGAAGCUGUUGUGUUGGCUCUGUACACUGUCCUACAAGAGAGUACUGCAGAAGACCAAGGAACAGAGGAAGAGCUUAGGGUCUUCACAUUCUAAUUCCUCCUCCGCAUCUCUUACUGAAAAAGACCAGCAUCAUUUGAAACACCAGCGCCAUCGCCAUCACCACCACCGUCACAGCAGCGGCCAUCACAAAAUCAGCAGUCUGAGUCCAGAGCAAGAUCAGGGAUUGUGGAAACAGAGCCAUAAAUCCUCUGCAGCUAUUCAGAAUGAAACUCCAAAGAAAAAGCCCAAAAUGGAAUCCAAGCCAUCUAAUGGAGAUAGCCCACACUUUUCGUUUUACAGUAGUUCUAUAAAUCAGUCAGCAGACAGCGGAGGUACUGACAACUUUGUCCUCAUUAGUCAGCUGAAAGAAGAAGUGAUGUCACUGAAACGCCUCUUGCAGCAAAGAGAUCAAACAAUUCUGGAAAAAGAUAAAAAGUUGACAGAGCUGAAAGCAGACUUUCAGUACCAAGAAUCCAACUUGAGAACAAAGAUGAACAGCAUGGAGAGAGCUCAUAAGGAAACUGUGGAACAGCUACAGGCAAAAAACAGAGAGCUGCUCAAACAAGUUGCGGCUUUAUCAAAGGGCAAGAAGUUUGACAAGAGUGGGAGCAUGCUCACAUCUCCAUGAAGUGCUGGCUGUUUGCAUGGGUGUUAAUAUUCAAAAGGUAAAUGACUCUGUGGAAACUCCUUAGAAGCCUGUGUAGUGGAAAAAAGGAAUAUUUUUGCACCCAGAGUAGUUGGCAUGUUUCCUACACCUUUUUGUAACUGAUAAUGCAGUGGAACUUUUUUUCUUUUUAAGUUUAAGCCAUUUGGAUUAAAAUACUUCAGCUGGCUUGAAGAAUGCUUUUUAAAAAGAAUUUAUACAGGAGAGGACUUCUUGACAGUUACUGGUAAUCAGUAAGAGUGCUCUUAUUUUUAACCACAUCAUGCAAUAACAUAUGCAAGGCAGCGGUUUGAGGGAGCAAUCCAUCAAGUAUGGCUAUUGUGCAGAAUCAUUAAUCUAAAUUGGAUUUAUGCAGGACACCUAGGCAAAAGCAGAACUUGCCCAGGAGCUGGGCAGAGUCACAUCAAGAAAAAAAAUAGUCAACCAUAUCAGUAUUCCAGCAACAACUAGCUUGGAAACAGAAACUGGAGCACUGAAUGCCUGACAAUUGUGCAUUAUCUUUUGGUCAAAAUAAGAGUACGUUGAAAGUCUAAAAUCAUGGUGCUUUUAUGACAAGAAGCUUAUUACCUAUAAAUAUGUAAAAGAAUUUUAACAGUUCUAUUCUUAGUGAUAACUGGUGUUUUACAUUUCUUGUGAUAGAAAUUUAAAGAGAGAUUCCCUAUUGUAAGUAUCUGAACAAAAUGUGUUUUUUGAAAAUUUACUGUAGACUUUUUCUCUUGCAAGUGCCUUUUCUCCUGUUUAUUAUUUAUAGGAAUGUUGGUAUUUUGUAUAUAAAGUUUUUCUUUUUAAAAAUAAUAAUAAUCAUGUUUAAAUGUUCCUUUGUGGAUGUAUAUAAAUAAAUGUAUGUACAGAAUAAUCAGAUGUUAAGACCAGAGUUGUUAGGGUGCUAGAGAAGGUGUUAAGAUCUGGCAGGAAAUGAAUAUUGGCUGUACAUAAUUGUAACAGAUUGGUCUGUGUAGAAGGUGUUUGUCUUAACUCAUGUUGUGCCUAACUUAAUUUCCCCACCACCACCACCACACACACUAAACUGUAGGGCUUCUAAAAUAUAUUUCACCUUUUAUCUCAGUGCUAAUUUGCAUAAUAUUCCCUGUGGCAUUUUCUAAAUGGAAUGACGCAGGAACAGUAUUUGAGCUAAUGUAACUCUUUGGCAAUUUCUUUUAAUAACAUUUCAUCAUACUAUGCCUUUUUAAACUGCUAGGAGAA